AUGUUGCUCUUGGAUGCCGAAACUUUUAGGUGGUUGAAAAGCACACGUGGUUCACUUCCUAGGGGUUUGAGCAGUAGCGUGACAACUGGGGCUGGGUCUUUGGAUCUGGCAAUUCAACAAAUGUAUAAGGUUUUUCCUUCACUUGUCGAUAUUCAAUGCAAACAGAACUCCUGUUUACAGAACUACAGAUUACAAGUUAAGGCAGUCACAAGGCUAGACUUAGAAAACUAAACUGCCCUAACGCGCUACUUACACAAGGCACCAGGUCACCCUACGGUCACGAGCAGUCUGUGGUGUUCUCACCAGUUCAGAUUAUAUCCCAGAAAAACGUAUUUAUUACGGCAGUUGGCAACAGCAGUGUUGAAGAGUGAGUCACUUUACGACGAUUUUCCUCUUCGAAGCGUGUAACCAAGAAAGUGAGCUAUUUUCUUAUUAUUAUCAGUUUUCGUUACAUAAUUUGUGUUACGUUGACCAGUUGUUCAUUCACUUUUUUGCUACAUGUAAUCCGCUGUUAAUAAGAGUAACGAUUAGAAGUUAGUUAACGCUUUUGAAGCUUCGAUCUUAGAAAAACAACCACAGUACUUGAUAUGUGGUUAUGCAGGCAUUCAGUAAAGUGCUUUGGAAAAUAAAGAAAGUCCGAUUUAUCCUCAUAGCGUUUGGAUUUUUAACCAUCACCAUAGCCAACUGAUGGCGACACUCCCCCCUAACAAAUAUCCUGCCUGUAAUCUCUUUGAGAUUACGAGCAGGAAAAAAGGGGGAAAAGAGCAUUUUUACCUUGUUUGAAUGAGAUUAAAUUGGAUUUUGUUUAAGUUUAAAACGUUUUAUUGAUUCUGCAGAUGAAGUGCUCCGUCAUCUCAUCGCCAGCGCUAUUGAUCCUGUAUUUGAUGACAUUCUCAUCUGCUGCGGAGUUAAAAAGGAAGACACCAGUCGACCUGACGGUUCCAUUUACCUCGACUAUAGUAUGUUGCAUUUUCGAAUUCCCCCCUUUUUGUACGAAACUAGUCCUUUUUAAAAUUGUCCCAUUUUGUACACACAUUAUUUAGCGAAAUUGUAUAAUGUAAAUGUUCUUCACAUACCAGCUUUUGACGGUUGUUAUUGUUCUUGUUUGUCUGUUUGUUUUUAAUUUUUAUUUUAUUCAAAAGAUUUAACGUACGUGUUUUUUGUUAUUUAUGGAAACAAGUGAUGUUUUGAGAGUUUUCAUAAUUGCACAAGCCAUAGGCGAGUGAAAUGUGAAACCUAUAAAACCAUCACGAGUGACCACAUGUCGUAAGACUCAAGAGCAGCUCGUGCGAUUCAUUUAAUUAUAAUCUUAACAAAAAAAAAACUGCGUAUCGACACUACUUUGCACUUCCUCGGUGAAAAUUACGUGAAGAAUUUUCCAACCGGCUGAAAACUGUGACCUGACCUAGUGGAUGGGUCAUAUUAUGGAAUAGUACGCGACUUAGCUAAUACUGAGCUCAAAAUGAACGCUGGGAUUGGCCAACCCUGUACCAGGUCCCUCAAAGGGCAUGUUGUUUCGCACGGCCUCGAUCUUUGUUCUUGUUGUGUGAGAUGCAGAGGCAAAAAAGCUUCGCAAAUUCUUUAAACUUGAAUGUUUGUAAACCUUUUUCUUUCCAUGAUGAGCUGAGGAAAUCAUUGAUCUGUGUGGGAAUGUGAAAUGACUGUAGACAUCUGUAAUGGGUCCUGUAAAUGCAAGAAAUUCGUUCGUUUUUUGCUUCUGAACUGUCAAUCUUAGCACUAUUUUGAAUAGACGGAUAUUUCUAGGUCAUUUUUCUUCGCAUAAAGUUGAUAGCUUCUGGUACAAUGCAAUUGUCUCGUAACCCCGACAAAUUUGCAUAUUGACUUUGAGCAUGGUUAUCGAUUUGUGCCUUAAAUAGAGAAUAUUACAUAGGCGCGCGUGGAAUGGAAUUUCUCUAUGAGUGUUCAACUCGAUAGUUCACAUGUGGCUGCAGCGAACGAGUGAGAUUUCAAGAUGAACACUCAAAGAGAAAUUCCAUAUCUACAAGCAACCACGUAUUAUUUUUUUUAUCAUAUAAACACGGUGGCCCUUUACUGACAAGAAAAGUCGACUUUACUAAUGAAUGAAAAUAAAAGGAUCGACAAUACCCGAAUGAAAAUUGUAAAGUGCGUUAGUGCACUCAAGAUGAAAACAAGGGUUGAAUCACUAGAAAAACAAAAAUGGUCGUAAUCUUCAAAAUUCUCAGUUAUUGACUUUUUCCUCACCAACAAGAGAAAUCUUUCAGGUUCACGGCCAAAAUGGGCCUGUGGCAAAACUUCCAGCUUUCGAUUUUCGUUCUAAGCGGCGAGAAAUGCCCUUUAACCAAAGCCAUUGAACACGUAACUUUUGAUUUGUCUCUUUGCAUUUUGGUUUUCUUCCCCUUCUAGAGCUGUUGAAACGUAUCUGUCUGUAAGAGAAACGGAUUUUUCAGUGUUUUAGCAGCCAUGAAUUCUGACUAACGACCUUGAAUUGAGAAUCGUAACUUUGCCGUUCGUUCAUCAACCUGACAGAGUGGCGCGAAAGGCUAAUGACGUGUCUGUACCUGAUUGGCGAAAAAAAAAUACCCGUGGAAAAAUUCUCGUAUUACAGCUGUGAUGAAAGCAGAAAAUGUCGUGAACAUAACGUUUUUAAGUGAAAUUAAAAAACGAAGGUUUUCUUUAAAUUUACGUAAGUUACAAGAUAUCUCGGUUUGUUACAUGUUCUCUUUGUCUCAUCAUGGAGCGAAAGAGGGUCUGCCAACGGAAACUUUUUAAAUCAUUUGAGAAUCUUCCAAGACUCCGUGUACAACGAAAAAGAUAAAGGCCGCGCGAAACGGGAUGGAACGGAAAGUGUAACAGCCUAUUACGGACGUAUGUACGAACCCACGAAUUGGAAAUAAAAGCUUUUCGUUAAAUGUUGUACCUUUCGGGAUGUCUACGGUCAUUUUCACUUUCCAACACAAGACAGUGAUAUCCUUGGCCCAUCAAGGAAAGAAAAUAAUUUGUCAACUUACAAUUUCCAAAGAAUCUGCGAGGCUUUUUCGGCUCUGCAUCUCACGCAAAAACAACAAAGAUCAAGGUCGCGCGAAACGACAUGCCCUUAAGGGACCUGGUACACGGUUGGCCAAUCCCAGCAUUCAUUCUAACCUUAGUAUGGGUAAAGUCACGUAUUGUGUAAUGUUCUUAAAAAAAAAGGAGAAUAAAGGCCUCAAUUGGGUGCCGGAGGAACACCGUAUGGCACUCUUUGUUUAAUUUACAUUCUUUAUUAACUAUUCAUAAAGUUGGUACUUUGUCGAGGAUAUGUUAAGUGAUCCAAUCGAUCAGUGAAAUGAUCGACACGUUCAUUUAUAUUGCAGGACACACCAUCAUUAAAUCGCACAACAUGUAGAGUAUGCCCUGAUGGAGUGAUGUGCAGAAUGUUUGACACGUGUUGUCCAUGGAUGAGUCCUUGGGAGUAUUCAUGUUGUCCUCUACCAAAUGCUGUUUGUUGCCCUGACCUUGAAAAUUGUUGUCCGGCAGGAUACAUUUGUUCUCUUGCUUAUGGAUUGUGUAUAUCUGAGCACAAAUUUCAUUAA